GCUGCGCGAGCGGGGGCGCCGCGGGUGGCCGGGCGCGAGGCCGUGGGCUUCCCCUGCCCCCUGCCCGUCCGCUGUGGAGGACGCAGACAAUGAAACUGAGGCACAGAGAGGUUAAAGAAUUUGCCCAGGUCACAUAGCUGGUAAGUGGCAAAGCCAGAUCUCUCACACCGCCGGCCUCCAAGGCCACCCUGUUCUACUGCGCUCUGAAAGGACGUGUUUCGGCUUUUCUCAGGAUGACCACAUUGUUAUCUUCCCAGUUUCAGGAAAUGACUUAGAGGCCUUACAAAUACAUCUGUGCAUUCUUGCUUCAGACUUGACAAUUGAGGGCCAACUGAAUCUGGAAGCACUUACUAAUGUUACAAGGAAACCACUACCUCAGCAAACAAAAGGAAAGUAGAAGAUUUAUAAUUUAUUACAAAGGCCAUUGGAAAAACCCCAAAACACUCACUUUAAAAAAUUUAAAGGAAAUUUAGAGAGAUUUGGAUUGAGAAGCAUUUGUAGGUAAAUAGAUUUGGCGGGCAGGCCCUGUCAAGAUUUUGCAGAGAUUUGAUUUCCUUCCCAAGGACUAGUGUGAAAUACUUUGGCUUUUUAAAUUGCUGUUGAUCAGCUUGUGGAUUUGAGGUUCUAAUUUUUCUGGUAUAUUGAAGAUACAUUAUAUUACACUGUAUCACAUUUUUUAAAGUUAAGUUAUUUUUCUGCCAUUGUAAAUACAAGUAUGGAAAUAUUCUUGCAAAGCAAUUAGAGUAAACAUUUUUCUCAAGCAAGCAUCUUUUUAAGAGAGUGGAAUGCUAGCAGUUCUUAUGCAGCAAUUGGGACACACUUAUUUUUUGUCAAAGGUCCUGCUAAUACUGAGACAGUUAGUUCUAUCUCUUAUCUACAUUGGAACACGUGGACACCUGCCUCAUGGAAAUGCCUUUUUUAAAAAUUAGGUUUGCAGAACUCCACUAUUUUUAUACCUAGCUACAGUUUUUUUAAAACAUAAAGGAAUCAGAACCUCUCCCUGCUCACGGCCCCUGAACAGUCCCCUUCCCGCAUGUAUUGCUGCAGUGCCCAGGACAGUAAAAUGGACUACAAGCGGCGCUUCCUGCUUGGCGGGUCCAAGCAGAAGGUGCAGCAGCACCAGCAGUACCCUAUGCCCGAGCUGGGCCGAGCACUGAGUGCUCCCCUGGCAUCCACUGCCCCCCUGGGCAGUCUGACUGCUGCAGGCAGCUGCCACCACGCCAUGCCCCACUCCACUCCCAUUGCUGACAUCCAGCAGGGCAUUUCCAAGUACCUGGAUGCCCUCAACGUCUUCUGCCGUGCCAGUACUUUCCUCACAGAUCUCUUCAGCACUGUGUUCAGGAAUUCUCACUACUCGAAGGCAGCCAUGCAGCUCAAGGACGUGCAGGAGCAUGUAAUGGAGGCAGCCAGUAGGCUAACUUCAGCCAUAAAGCCUGAAAUUGCCAAGAUGCUGAUGGAGCUUAGUGCUGGGGCUGCAAACUUUACAGAUCAGAAGGAAUUCAGUCUCCAGGACAUUGAGGUGUUGGGGCGAUGUUUCUUGACAGUAGUGCAAGUCCAUUUUCAGUUUCUGACCCAAGCACUACAGAAAGUCCAGCCAGUGGCUCACUCUUGCUUUGCUGAAGUUGUUGUGCCAGAGAAAAAGAACAGCGGCAAUGGCGGCGGCUUAUCUGGCACGGGCCACACCCCUGAACUGGAGGAAGCUGUGCGAUCAUGGCGGGGUGCUGCUGAGGCGACCUCUAGACUGAGAGACAAAGGAUGUGAUGGCCGACUGGCAGGAAUUGAAGUCCAGCAGCUCUUCUGUUCUCAGAGUGCAGCAAUUCCUGAGCACCAGCUGAAAGAGCUGAACAUAAAAAUCGACAGUGCUUUGCAGGCAUAUAAAAUAGCUCUGGAAAGCUUAGGCCACUGUGAAUACGCAAUGAAAGCUGGCUUCCAUCUGAAUCCAAAGGCGAUUGAAGCCAGUUUGCAGGGCUGUUGCAGCGAGGCUGAGGCCCAGCAGACAGGGCGGCGGCAGACCCCACCACAGCCCAUGCAGUGCGAGCUCCCCACCGUCCCUGUGCAGAUAGGACCGCACUUCCUUAAGGGAGUCUCCUUCAAUGAGUCCGCCGCAGACAAUCUGAAACUUAAAACGCAUACGAUGUUGCAACUGAUCAAGGAGACAGGCUGUUACAAUGGACUCACGCCUAGAGAUGAUCUUCCUGUGACAGAAGUGUUGAAUCAGGUGUGCCCUUCCACAUGGCGGGGUGCCUGCAAGACUGCUGUGCAACUGCUAUUUGGCCAGGCUGGACUGGUGGUUGUCGACACAGCACAGAUUGAAAAUAAAGAGGCCUAUGCCCCCCAAAUCAGUUUAGAAGGCUCCAGAAUUGUGGUUCAAGUCCCAUCCACAUGGUGCUUGAAAGAAGACCCCGCCACCAUGUCCCUGCUGCAGAGAAGCCUGGACCCCGAGAAGACCCUGGGUCUGGUUGACGUGCUCUACACAGCUGUGCUGGACCUCGGCCGCUGGCGGGCGGGGAGAGAACAAGCUUUGCCCUGCAUACAGAUCCAGCUCCAGAGGGAGAUCUGUGAUUUAGGGAAUCAGAGCGACCUGCCUACUGGAAAUGGAAACAAAUCUUCAGGUGGCCUGCAGAGGACAUUCUCCAAACUGACAUCCCGACUCACUAAGAAAGCUUCAUGCACCAGCUCUAGCAGCAGCACGAAUUAUUCCAUACCAAACACCCCUUCCAAAAACAUUUUCAUCGCUGGGUGUUCUGAAGAAAAGGCCAAAAUGCCCAGUAAUAUUGAUACACGGUUGCAAGGCAUUUUGAACAUCGGGAAUUUCCCUCGGACUACAGAUCCUUCACAGUCAGCUCAGAAUUCCAGUCAUCAGAUGGCCAACGGGUUCCUCAUGGAGAGGCGUGAGAACUUCCUUCCAGGGGAUGAAGGCAAGGAUGAAAAGGGUAUGAACUUACCAACUGAUCAAGAAAUGCAAGAGGUGAUAGACUUUCUCUCAGGCUUUAACAUGGGCCAGUCACAUCAGGGCUCCCCCUUGGUGACGAGGCGCAAUUCUUCUGCCACAGCCAUGGUGACUGAGCAGAAGGCAGGAGCCCUGCAGCCACAGCAUCCUCCACUGACAAUGCCCCCUCCGCAGCGGCCACCCCAGACUGGGGCGCACACACCUCUGCCACCCCAGCCAGCACUGACCCCUCAGCAGCAGUCCCCAAAGCAGCAGCCCCAGGUUCAAUACUACCAACACCUGCUGCAACCCAUUGGCCCGCAGCAGGUCCCAUCCCAGCCUCGGGCUCCUGGGAAAUGGGUACAUGGCUCCUCCCAGCAGCCAUCCCAGCCUCUUGGAGUGGGUCUGUCUCCUCUCGGCCAGUGGCCUGGCAUAGCGGACCUCAGUUCUGACUUGUACAGCUUGGGGCUGGUGAGCAGCUAUAUGGAUAAUGUGAUGUCGGAGGUUUUGGGACAGAAACCUCAGGGACCGAGAAACAACACGUGGCCCAAUCGUGACCAGAGUGACGGAGUCUUUGGGAUGCUGGGAGAGAUUCUGCCUUUUGAUCCUGCAGUGGGUUCAGAUCCAGAGUUUGCACGCUACGUUGCGGGAGUGAGCCAGGCAAUGCAGCAGAAGAGACAAGUUCAGCAUGGUCGCCGCCCAGGCAACCUCCGGGGCAAUUGGCCUCCCAUGGACGAUGCCCAUCGGACCUGGCCUUUCCCAGAGUUUUUCACAGAAGGGGAGAGUCUGCACAGUGGCUGGUCGGGCACCCAGGGAGACUCAGCCAGCUCCAGUGAUGAGACAUCCUCUGCCAACGGGGACAGCUUAUUCUCCAUGUUUUCAGGACCCGACCUCGUAGCCGCUGUCAAGCAAAGAAGGAAGCACAGCAGUGGCGAGCAGGAGACCAGCACACUGCCCUCCCCACCUCUUCUUACCACAGAGGAAGACAUGAACCAGGAUAACAAAACCAAAACGUGGCCACCCAAGGCACCCUGGCAACACCCUUCCCCGCUGCCCAGCCCCAGCACACCCCUCUAUGCAGUCGCCAGCCCGGGCAGCCAGUGGAACGACACCAUGCAGAUGUUACAGUCCCCCGUGUGGGCUGCCACCAGCGACUGCAGCGCCACCUCCUUCACCUACAUGCAGACGCCCCCGCAGCCUCCACCCCCGCCAACACACAAGGCAGCACCCAAGGGCUUCAAGGCCUUCCCGGGAAAGGCUGAGCGUAGGCCUGCCUAUUUGCCCCAGUACUGACCCAGGGCCUGCCUGCCCAGACCUUUUGGGGCCAGUGUUAACACACCAGAGCUGACACCAGCCUCCCAAAGGACCAGUGCAUCCCUGUCCUGGGUAGGGAUGCUCCGAACGGGGGUGGUUGGCAGCUCCACGCCUUUAAGGCCUGGCUUCUCAAACCUAGAAGGCAUCCUUGGGGGACAGGCUUCUGACCCUCCUUAGGGGAUGCUGUGGGUCUUCGAGCCAAGGAGGCACCUACAGUGAUGCUGAAGCAGGUGACCCACAGCCCCACUCAGAAAUGGGCUUUUCUGUGUGCAGUCCCACCGGGUGAGCAAAACUGACUGUUCUCUGUUCCCUGCCUCCUCCCCCACAGCACCAGUCAUUGUACUGUAUGGCUGGUUUCAGAGGUUUUGAGUUAAAACACCUCCUGCCUAAAAUGGAUUGAAUAUCUUAAGAUGACAGAUACAGUGGCUGGAAGUCUUCUCAACACUAUAUCAAGUGAACACAAAAUGGGCGAAGCCUGGACUUUUGUGAGCAGAAGCAAUCACCGAUAUUUCCCGAGCAUAGGCUACCCCUCACCAUCCAGCCUCACUCAGGGGGUGCCCCAUUUGCCAGCUUUACAAGAACAGAAUUGUAGAGCUGAUGUCGGAGACAUAUUCCUGGUGGGGCACGGGAUGAGCCAGUGGGCUGCAGUCCAUGUCCUGGAUGGAGCUGCACCUGCCACCCUCCAGGCCUGCCACACGUGGCCACAGGCAUCCAAGCCGCCUCAAAACGUGGGCGGUGUGGUCAGGGAUUACACAGACAGACCUGCACUUGAAACUACAGUAACAUUUGUGAGCUGGCUCAAGACAAGAAAGCAGUUGCGAUGCAGAUAGGGAUUAGUCCUUAAAAAAAAAAAAGACAAAAAAACACCUUGUUUUGAGUUAACAUGUGCCAUUAAUUAACAUCCUGUGGAUUUAGGAAUAUCCCAACCAGUCCCAGCCGAGUGGAUCCAGAAGAAUUGAAUGGUGCUUAAAUUGAGAAAUAAUAAUAGAUAUAUCUAUAUAGAAUAGGCAUCCCACUGUACAUUAAUUGAGGUUACAAAAGUUCUUUAUAUAAAACUUAUUUAAAUUUUUCAUAUUUCAUCUUUGAAAAAGUCUAAUUGAGAAGAAUCCAUAAUAUUUUCUGGUAUGAAAGUUUUACAGUAUUAAUAUUUUUUUUAUAUUUUCUUAAAUCAUUAAACCAUUUUAAUAUAUGUUAACUACUAAUAAAUGGUUUAUUCUUUCUAACUCCAUAUAAGCUUUUCCAGCAAAGAUUGUAAUAACACAUUUAUGUUCUCAUUUUUCUACAGAUAUAAGUAAAUUUAUAUUUAAAAAUACCAAAAAGAAUAUGUAUAUGUAUGUAUAUACAUAUAUAUAUUUAUAUAUACACACACACACACACUAAUGAUAGAGGACCCGUAGGGUGUCUGAGCCCAGCCAUCUGAAUCCUCAGUACUGUUGCCAGGUUGUUUCCAGGCCUCAGGUGUUGUCCUUUGUGCUGUGUGGGGAUGCCAUUGCUGCCUGACUGUGCGAUCCUCUCACCCUGGGUUCUGAACAUUCGCCUCACCAUGUUUACAAGAGAACUGUUUUGUACAUAGACGUUUUCAGGCACGUGCUUUGCACCGACCCUGCGUGGCUCUUGUCCGUGCUCGCUGUCACUGUGUGUGCACUAAUUUCUUUGUUGCUGUUGUGUGUGACUGUUUUACUUGUAAAAAAAAAAAAGUUUUCUAUUUCCCUCAGUAAUGUGUCCACAGGUCCUGGUAUUCCGAGUUUUCUGAACUGAUGUACCUUUGUUUUAAUAGUGCCUCCUCAAAGACCUAACCCUGGACCGAGGUCAGCCCUUGAUACCCCAGUGCAGGUGACAUUGACCUUGCUAUUUGUCAUUUUCCGGUCUGUUUUUCUCUAUGAAGACAUUUUGUAAUUGCAUCUCCCUGGGUUGUGAGACUGUGAUGCUCUUUGUGUGGUCCCCUUGUAGGUGCUGUGUUCUCAGCACCACCUCGCUCUGAACACUGGUAAUUCCAGGUGCUGCGCUUGGCAGAGCAAUCUUGCCAAAGCGCGCGUGAGUGUGUGUGUGUGCACGUGUGUCUGAGUGUGUGUGUGUGUGUGUGUGUGUGUGUGUGUGUGUGUCCUUUGCAUGGUCGGGCACGGCAGCCUUGCUCGGGCAUCAGCAGGACGUUGUGUGUAUAGUUAAUGCUUCCAAACUGGAACUCUACAUUUUGUAUCUUUCUUUUAAAGCUCCUAUAAGUAAUAUAACUAUUGGCUUUAUUAAAAAAUACACAUUUAAUAUCUUGUA